ACGCCGAUGCCUGCGAGAUAACACCAAUGAAACCUCAGUCCGCCAACAUGAAGCUGAACUACAUUAAUUGGAUUUUUUUCCCUGUGAUCAUCUUCUGUGCUCUUGCAGAUCUGAUGGUCGCUGUGGCUGCAGUAGAAUCUCAACACACCCUAACCUGCAACGUCACCCAACUCCAUGAUGGUUCAUUCCGCUACCAGCUGUCCCGACCCUCCAAUUCAGCCCAGUGUGAGACAUGCUGGGAGGACCACAAUAAAACUGUCAUCGCUCUGGACUUUGAUUUUGAUCGAAAACUGGUCCAGAAUCUGACCGACCAGUUCAUCAUUCUGAAAGAAUGCAAGGACUAUCUUCACUACACGAAGGCCUGUAAGGUCUGGGAGGAAGCACAUUGCAGAGUGAAUUGUACCCGUCUGUUGAGUCUGAAGGAUCCUCCCCUUAACACUGUCAACUCUACACUGUUCUGCAUCACUGAGAGUUGGUGUCCUGAAAAGCUGACUUUUGGCCUCGGUAUCGCUGGUAUCGUCCUUCUUCUAUCUGGUAUCUCCAUGGUUCUGUACUGCCGGAAUCGCUGCAAAUGCAGAGGAAGAGAAGUCACAGCCAUGAGAGCAUCAUACACUCCUGCAACCCUGCAGAUUCAGAGGGAGGGAGAUGACAUGGUGGUGAUAAAGUUUCCACAAGACUACACUGGCUAACGGAUAAAAACCAACGACCUCGGGUAUAAAUGUGGCCACUGUUUUUUAUAAGGCCCAUAUAUGUAUGAUUAUUAUUAAUGAAAAUAAAUUAAUAUUUUUUAUUAGUCA